AUGUUCAUUAUAUUGUCCAAGGGGGUGACAGCUGGUGUACUCCCUUCAACCAGGAACUCAUCCACUUUGCUCACUCCCAUUCCGGGUACUGCUAACGUCACUGCAUUCGACCUUGAUCCCGAGACCGAUGGGAUGGGCAUAUUAGGCCCAAUCAUCAAGGAAUAUGAUCUUGCACAUCCGCCCGUCACCAACGGCACCAACGACACCAUCACUGCCUAUUCGUCAACUGAAGGUUCCUCAGCGCACUCAAUCAUUAGAGAUUAUCCCUACGCCAUAGGACUCCUGGUUGUGAUUGCAUUCAUUAUAGGUGUAGUUGUAGUUGUGGUGUUGGUGCGCAAGUAUUGCAUGGGGCAUAAACAGGGUUACACCUUGUUCAAAAUACGGAGCUUUAAAAGAUUCGGCAGAUAUAGUGGUGGGAUUGAAAUGACUGGCGCCUCCAUCACUAACAACAACAACAACAACAACUCGGUUGAGACUAAAUUCGACCGGUUUGUGUUGGAACUGGAGUUCGAGGUGACGGCCGCUGAGAGUAGGGGACUGGAGGUAUCGGGAGGUCGAGAGUUGGAGCGUAUUUGCCGUCAGUUCGGAGUUCACGUACUCAUGAAACCCGGUCUCAAUGAUAAUCGCAGGGUUGUCGUCAUUAGGGGCACCGAUAGGGCUGUCAGUCAGUUGUUUGAUGCGCGCCAAGAGAUUGUGAAUCUCAUGAAUAACCCUGAUAGCACUUCCGACGAUAAUUACUUGCAAGUGUUGACUAAUCACUAUAGAAAUCAUCAGAUGUUAAGUGACUACAUGUGGAACGCCAACAGAGAGACUGUGAAUCUGUUGGUCGACAUGAGAGUCGGGGAUCAGCUAUACCUCGAGAGCAUACGUCUCGCAGACAUGAAUGAACUACAGGUGCGAUACGGCACCAAAAUCGCUAUGCCGUCCGAUCGUAAGUUUCCUAAACCCGACUACCGGCCCGUAACCAUCACGGGCUCACCCGACGGGGUGCUAAAAACCUAUGAGGGAGUCCGUCAACUGCUACCCGUCCACGUCUGGUACGAACUGCACCUCAACGUCGGCCUAACCUCCCAUAUACUGGACGUGUCGUCGCAGCCCAUGAGAGACAUCCAAAGGAAGUACGCGUUGGAUGUAUUCGUGGGUCACUCUAAGCCGGGUAUUCCGUGCAGUGUUCACAUGAGGGGCCCCAUAGGACAGGUGGACCAACUGAGGGCAGGUAUAGCUGUCAUCCAGGAGUACAUCAAAAGCCACGGAAUCGGUCGACUCGACCUAACCAUUCACUCGGAAGCGGACGCCCAGUCGAGUUGGUCGCAGAUUGUGGGCCACAAACAGCAACACCCGUGGCCGGACGGCUCGCUGUCGAUAGUGGGCUCAGACUUGAAGGCAGUGAUUGCCGCCAAACGUGAGAUCAGUGGCCGAUAUGUCGUGGAACUGGACUUCGAAGUGACCGAAGGGGACAGUCGUGUGGUUGACCGCUACGGGAGAGAGUUGGAGGGAUUGGGAGACGAGUUUGGGGUCCAUAUCCUUAUGAAACCUGAGGUGAACCGUAAGGUAGUCAUCAUUAGGAGCACCGAUCGGUCGGUUAGUAAUGUGUUUAAUGUCCGCAAACGGAUCGUGAAUUUGGUGAAGAACUCGACGGCACAGACAUCCAGUCAGACCUGUCAGCCCAUCAAUACUAGCUCAUCAUUGUCCAGCGCCUACACCACUGAGACCUAUGGCACCGGGACCUAUAACAGUGGACAAACCAGACGUUGGGUUGGAACGGGUACUCCAAACGGUUAUUAUGGGGUAACUGGCCAACCGGGAACUGGACGUUAUUACUAUGGCGGCACCACAUAA